AUGCGUGAGGAACGCUCGCCGCGCGAGUCGGACGCACCAUCUAGAGCCGCUACCCCCACGAAGGUGGUAGACGGCUUAGCUAGAAGGGAAACGAAAAAGGCUUUUGUGGCCUGGAAAGGGUUUCCAAUUGAGAACCCAGGAUUUUUCUUUGCUAUCGUGACGAAGUACUCCCCCUUCCCAGAGGAGUGUGCGACGGCUCCCGCCGAACACAGCUUAAGCCGCAUGAUGCGGGAGAUGUCUCACGAAGCAGUGCAUGCCCGUUACAUUGAUACCGAGCUGCGUAUCAGAUUUACACGGGAACGGGACUAUUCCAAAGGCAGCAGAGGCAGCAGCAGAAGCAAUACCGAGAGCAGCAAUACCUGUAACGAUGGCAGCAGCAGCAGCAGCAGUGACACCACCAACAGCAGCGUCGAUAGCAAGGGCGACAGCAACAGUAGCAUCAGCACUGACGGCAACGGCAACAGCAGACACCGGAGCAGCAGCACCAGCAGCAGGUAUAGUAACACGACCAGAAUCAGCGAUGGCACGCAUGGCAUUAGCAAUGCCAUGAACAGUAGCAGGAGUGAAAGCACCCCUACCAGCACCAACAACAGCAGUGGAGACAACAGCCGCAGUAAUGGAAGCUGCAGCAGCUUUGCCACCAACCGCAGCAGUCGUAGAAGCACAUGCAGCGGCGUUAGCGGCAGCAUCGACAGCAGCAAUAUGAGUACGGGCGCACGCGAUAGCACACACGAAAGCAGCAUUAGCUUUAGCACCAGAAGCCGUUAUAGUAGUGGCACAGACGACAGCAAAAGCAAUGGCAUUAAUAGCUGCAGCAGUAGAUGCAUCAGCAGCACUGGCCACUAUUGCAGCAGCAGCGAUACCAACCCUACCAACAGGAAUGGCUGCACAGACAUCAGAAGUACUGGCACCCACGGCAGCAGCAAUAGAAGCACCAGCGGCACUAUCAGUAUUGUCGGCAGCUGGAACAGCGACUAUUCUCCUCAAAAUUGCAGCUACAGCAGGAGCUACCACAAGAUGGCAGACGGGGUCGUUAACAGCGUUACCAGCAGUUGCCCUGCAGAAAGCCUCGAUGGAGAGAAGAGAAACAAAGUCAUCAUCAGCAACACGAGCAGCAGAACCAGGCACAAGUAUAGCAAAAUAUCGAAAAGCUCCAGCGAAACCAGUAGAGGCAGCGACAGCAUCAAUGAGAAGCAAACUCGCUGCUUCAAAACAAACAACAUCUGGGACACCACCGUCAACACCACCACCACCAACACGAGCACUUGA